UACUGUACCUCCCAAGAAUCCCCACAAUCGUCUUUGGGCACUGCGUCUUUCCAGAUGGAUGAUCUCAGCUUGAGUUCUCCACUCCCCCCGUUUCGAGCGGAAAGUGACAAUAAGGGGUGGUGGAGAAAAAAAUGAAGCAAAGCUAGAAAAACUAGUCUAUUAUCUUUUAAGUAUAUGCAAAACCGCGCAGCGGACAAGUUUCUAGAGGAAGAAUCGGGAUUUCACCGAGAGCAGCUAUGAAAUUCGGCUUCGGAAAAGACUGGUGGUGUUAAUGCACUACAAUAACGGGCAGGGUCCGUUAUCGUGUCAGCUGUCUGCCGGCCGGCCAAGAUGUCUGGAGAUGAGGAGGAAUUCCCCGACGCGAAGCUAGUCAUGGAAUCCGGGCCCCAAUGGCUCCGGUCAGAGAUCGAGCGUUUGUCCAAGGAGUUGAGCGAGACGACCCGCGAGAAAAUUCAAGCUGCGGAGUAUGGCCUUGUCGUUCUUGAGGAGAAGCAGCAGCUCAAACAGCGAUAUGACGACCUGGAGAGCGAUUACGAGUCUGCUCGACAAGAACUUGACCAGCUCAAAGAGGCCUUUGGACAAGCCUACUCGGCCCACAGGAAGGUGGCAGCGGAUGGGGAAAGCCGCGAGGAAUCGCUGAUCUUGGAGUCGGCCUCCAAAGAGGCAUACUACGAGCAACGUGUCCAGGAGCUGCAGAACGAGCUGAGACAGACCAAGAAUGACCUGAGCAACACCCGCUCGGAGAAUGAGAGGCUGGCCAGCAUGGCCCUGGAGCUCCGGGAGAGUAACGAGAUGGUGGAGCUCCAGAGGGCUCGUCUUCGCGAUGACGUCCGGGAGUAUAAAAUCCGCGAGGCCCGGCUGCUGCAGGACUACACCGAGCUCGAGGAGGAGAACAUCACCCUCCAGAAACAAGUCUCUCUGCUCAGGCAAGGCCAGGUGGAGUUUGAGGGGGUCAAGCAUGAGCUGCGGCGCCUGGAGGAGGAGGGUCAGUACCUGAACAGCCAGCUGGAGGAGGCGCUGCGUCUGCGGGAGAUCUGCGAGCGUCAGCUGGCCGAGGCCCUGGAGACGCUCAAGACGGAGCGCGAGCAGAAGGCUGCCCUGCGCAAGGAGCUGACGCAGCACAUGACGCUGGGCGACUCGCUGCUUGCCGUCUCGCUGGACGGCCUCAAGCUGAACGCCGACGAGCCCAACAACGACGACGACGUCAUCCGCACCUUUGAGAACGGCCUGGCCAAAAUGACCGAAGCGCAAGCCCUCGACAACCGCGCGUCCACGCCCAAGAAGUCCGAUAACUUCCGUCCAGCCCCCAGCCUGGUGGAUGACCUGUUGAGUGAGCUUAACAUCUCCGAGAUCCAGAAACUCAAACAACAACUGCUUCAGGUGGAACGUGAGAAAGUGGCCCUGCUCUCCACACUGCAGGACAGCCAGAAGCAGCUGGAGCAGGCUCGCGGGUCGCUGGCCGAACAACAGGAGGCCAACGGCCGCCUCAACCAGGACCUGGGGGCCAUGCGGCGACUGCAGGCCAGCAAGGAGCGCCACUCGGCCCUGGACAGCGAGCGCGAACGGGACAGUCGCGAGGACGGCGAUGGGGAUUAUUACGAGCUGGACAUUAACGGACCGGAGAUCCUGCGCUGCAAGUACGAGGUGGCGGUGAACGAGGCUGGCGAGCUGAGGGCCGAGCUGAAGGGCCUGAAGGAGGAGCAGCAAGAGCAGACCACUCAUUACCAGCAGGAGCGGUCACGCCUGGAGUCCCAGGUGCGUGAUCUGAGCGGUCAGCUGGCCUCCCUGGAGAGCGUUAGCCGCGAGGAGCGUCAGCGCGCCACCCGGCUGGAGAAGGAGCUGCGGGAGACCAGUGCGGUGGCGGGCGAGUCCCAGGGCAGCCUGAGCGUGGCCCAGGACGAGCUGGUGGCCUUCAGCGAGGAGCUGGCCAACCUGUACCACCACGUCUGCAUGUGCAACAACGAAACCCCCCAGCGCGUCAUGCUGGACUUCUACAAGGAGGGCAAGGCCGGCCCAGGCCAAGUCCCCAACGGCCGAGACACAAUCACCUCGCCACCGCCCCUCACACUCGCUAUGGACGACACCCGCAAGGAGCCCAUGGACAUCUACAACUUGGUGGCCAUCAUCCGCGACCAGAUCCGCCACCUGCAGCAGGCCGUGGACCGCACCACCGAACUGUCCCGUCAGAGGGUGGCCUCGCUGGAGCUCUCCGCCGUGCCCGAUAAGGACAAGGAGGCCUGCAUGGAGGAGAUCCUCAAGCUCAAGUCCCUGCUCAGCACCAAGCGGGAGCAGAUCGCCACCCUGAGGACCGUCCUCAAGGCCAACAAACAGACAGCCGAGGUGGCUCUGGCCAAUCUGAAGAGCAAGUACGACAAUGAGAAGGCCAUGGUGACUGAGACCAUGAUGAAGCUGAGGAACGAGCUCAAGGCCCUGAAGGAGGAUGCCGCCACCUUCUCCUCUCUGCGCGCUAUGUUUGCCACACGCUGUGACGAGUACGUGACCCAGCUGGACGACAUGCAGCGGCAGCUGGCCGCCGCCGAAGACGAGAAGAAGACGCUGAACUCGCUGCUGCGCAUGGCCAUCCAGCAGAAGCUGGCGCUGACCCAGCGGCUGGAGGACCUGGAGUUUGACCACGAGCAGGCGCGCCGCACCAGCGGGGGAGGCGGAGGAGGGGCCGGCGGCCUGUCCAAGACCACCUCCUCCGGCCGCAGGAGAGGCGCCACCUCCUCCACCUCCUCUGCCCACUCCGCCCACUCCAGCCCCCAUGUAAGUCCCCGGCUGACCUGCAGGGGUCGCCAGCAGCCCCGCGCCAUCAUGGGAGCACCCAUGGUCUUCUGCAGCGAGAAAUAUAAGAUCUAACGUAGUUGAGCUGGAUGUUGUGAUUUCCCUGAUGGUGAUCCGCUGAUUCCUGCCGACGCUUCCUACAGUAGAGCCUCCCUGUGACAUUAUAGCUCCCGAGCGUUCUGAUUGAUCCACCAAAAUAUGCACAGCACCGACACACUCGCAUUGAUAAAGAUGCAUAUGACACUCUCUCACACACACACACACACACACACACAGACAAACAGACAGACAGGCAUAGCCUAGUAUUUACAGUAUCCCUAAUCCUAAAUGAACUCCUUAGCUGUGUCGAUGCAGUUUCCUUAUAGUAAGUCAGUUGGAAACUGGGGCUCAAGGUACAUUGGAAAGUCCACCCAAAUUUCCAACCCUGAGCCGACUUGCUCUCCAUGUGUGCAUUAUUCACAUUCAUUUGUUUUUGUUCGGUUACAUAUUUUGUUUUUGCAUCUUUCCUCAAAUGUUACUGCACUUUCUCGUGUACACUUGCCCCUCAAGCAACUCCCGCCUAUGCAAGAUAUACCACAUGGCUCACUAUAUUUCAAAUUGAUCACACUUAAAUAAGUGGGGAUGACACUAAUUGCAAAAAGCAGAUUGCAAAAAAAAGCAUCUGCAGAGUGCAGAGUGAAGUUUGGCCUUAAACUGAGCUUAUGUGGAUUCCCCUGCUCAAUGACAGGGGUUUGGCUAAUAGCCGUGGGUUGUGGAUGGGGCAGUGUAUUCCUGUUGAUAUGCUCGUGAUGAGUCUUUGAGCUUUGUUUUUGUUUGUCAUAUGUAAUAGGAACUGUUUUUUUAUUUCAUUAAUAUAUGUAUGGUUGUAUGGUGUUUCAAUAACAUUUUGCAUGUUUAACUGCCAUGUUAUGAACAGAAUCCAGGGAGAGCAAACAAAAAAGUAUGUAUUUAUGACACUUCGUGUUAACCUGUAUCCAAGUUUAAUCUAGCAAUGUCUACCUUUGGACUCUGGGGUCAGCCUAUUGAAAGAAUGAACGGAUGGAACAAUUUUACCGGAAGCACAACCGCAAGAUUCCACGCCGGAAUUACAUAAUAUAGUUAUAUUUUUGUUUGUUUUUUUUCUUCUUUGCUUCCUCUCCUCUUCUGUCUCAGUAGUACGCCAUGAGUGCCUUUUAUUUCUUCAGAAAUAAGUUAGUUUUUUUUCUUUAACCAGAGAGCAAAAACCACCCGUUUUUGUGAGGUAGUUUUACUGGAGUAUUGAGGUGAUGGAUAUUUGUAUUGAACUCUACCUAUCCCCUCCUGCUAGCAUGCAUGUGCUGCUGCGGCUUCAGGAUAUCUGUGGUAAACCUUAUUUAUGCUAUCGUUUGAAAGCUAAGCUAACGUGACUUGUGAGGAAAACAAGUGACCCAGUGUGGAUUAGAGCAAUUACUGCAAAAGAAGGUGUAACUGCAAGCAUUUACUGAGUGUCUUGUAACCUUUGUAUUUGGAUGGUCUGGUGAUGUGUAUAGCAGUACUGAGGAGACAAGUAGUUUCUUUUCCUUUUUAAUGUUUUUAAUAUAAUCGUUUUAUAUGUGGUAAAAAGUAUUGGAAAAAAACAGAUCAAUGGAAAAACAAGUCCUCUCUCAACAAGUCUGUUGUGCCAUUUCAUACCUUCAGUUUGUUGAGGCAUUGAAAUGUUUCAAUAUUAUCAGGGGGUUCACAUUAAUAUAUAAUAUAUAUAAUAAGAAUUAUAUAUGUUAUAUAAACAAGAAAUGUAAGUGCAAUUUAACUGCUGUAUCAGGUGUCUAAUUCAAUGUACUCUAUUGCUUGAAGCAUAGUGGGAAUUAAUUGGCCUAUUAUUGAGGGAUAGCUGUGCCCAUUUUUAUACUGCAAUAUUUUGUCACAGUUUUAUAUCUUUAUAUGGAAUAACUUCACCUGUCUGAUCAUAUUUAUUGAUAACAAUAUUAAGCAGCUCAGUGUUAUUAAUGUGCAUUAUGAUUAGUGGCAUGGUUAAUGCCAGUCUCUUCAAAAGCACCUGGUGGUUGCAGGUGUCCUACAUGUGAGGCCUAUCUGGUAGGAGCUGACUAUUUGACUAUGGCUUUGUCAUGACAUUUAUUGAUGGUUUCACUGCAUUUCCCUUGGGGAGACCAUCACAUGUCACCAUUUGUACUAAGAGGACUUUAGCUUGUGUAAGCUCUUGUGUGUUAAGGUGCUCAUUAUUCUGGCCAAAUAAACAUGGUUGAAAACUGAA